AUGGCUGAGUCUAUUACUUAUGCGGAUCUACGCUUUGUGAAAUCCCCUCUGAAGAAGAGUCUCUCAGCUAGGCUGGAGCAGGAUGCUGAAGUAGAUGAUGAUGGGGAGCUCACCUAUGAAAAUGUUCAGGUGCCUUCAGCCAAGGAUGUGUUCUCCAGCCCAGCUCAGCCUGGCCUUGGGCAACAAACAGGAGGGGCAAAGACAGAAAAGCCAGUUACUACACUUUUUUCUGAAAUGUCACCAACUCCCAGACGGAUCCUGCCCUGCCCUGUGGCCUGGAUACCAUACAUUCUCCUGAGCCUGCUGGGCACCUGUUUGCUGUUGGGUGUCACCAGCAUCAGUCUGGGUAUUCGAUAUAUGCAGGUGUCUCACCAGCUCAGAAACACCAACCAGGUCCUGGAAGUCACCAAUGGUAGCCUUCGGCAGCAGCUCCAAAUGGAAACCUACAAGUUGUCAAGCAAGGAGGAUGAUUUGCAGGCUACCGAGGAGAAACUGGCCCAGACCCAGCAGAACCUACAGGUGGAAAAGGAGCAGCAUCAGGAUACCCAGAAAAACCUGCAGACCUGCAGGUCAGAACAGGAUAAGACCCAACAGAACCUGAAGGAUGAGAUGGAAGACAGGAGACGCCUGGAAGAGAAGCUGAGGACCUUGCAGGAUGGGCUGAAGCAAGUCCAGUCCCUUUUCACAUGCUCGUUCCAAGGUAGUGACCAGGAGUGGGUGCAGACUCAUUCCUUCCCUCGAUACUGCUGUCCUUUGGAGUGGAAACUAAGUCAGAGGAAAUGCCUGUACAUCUCUAGGAGCGUGAAGACUUGGAUGGAGAGCAACUCCUUUUGUAAAUCUCUCUCCUCAAAUCUGCUUGAAGUAGCAGGGGGAAAAAAACAUUUCAUAGAGGACAUUCCUACCAGAGAACAAUUAUAUGGUUCUUUCUGGGUUCAAAAAAAGUACGAAACUGGAUCAUACCGAUGUCCAAUUCUGAAAAAAAGCUCUUCCACUGAAAGUUAUGAAUUCUGUGAGAAAUCUCAUCCCUUCAUCUGUGAGAAAGAAGCUGUCACAUAUCCUGCUGAGUGGAGGGACCACUUGUUGCAUUAG